UGCCAACUUCACGUCGAUUAUUAAUCACAUAAAAAAUGGCCGCAACACUCGUCAGACACGCACUGUCAAAAAUUGGACAACUUCACAAAAAUGUCCCGUGGCGGAGUUACGCGACGAAGGCCGAAAAAAAGAAGGGUUUAGACAGGAAGGUUGGACCGAAAAUUGAUUCAUCGGCACAAUCUUUAGCGACGAAAGGAUUCUUACGCUCGCAAAAAGAUUAUAACCCCCCAAACGACCUAAAUCAACGAUUAAACACCAUCAUUACUUCAGUGAUUGGAAGCGUGGAAACAACAACAAAAUUGAAUACACAACAAAAAUUCGUUAUCCUAAAUAAUUGUUGUGAAGAAUUCCAACAUAGCGUCCCAAAUUCGUUAUUACACAAAAUAGAAACCGUCGGGGAUGUUUAUCAAUUUUAUGGCACCCCAAUUUCUACAACAACCCCCUUAGAUAAAUUAAAAACGAUGGAAUUACCUCCUAAUUUACACAUACAAUAUGAAUAUCACCGAUAUCAUCCAGAUACUGACACGAAAUUCGGCGGGCAAACCGCUUAUCCGAGGAGUUCAACCAUCGUAACAGGAUUGAAAUAUAAAGAUAAAUACCCGGGGCAUGUACAAAAUCAAACUUGGCCUUAUAAUAGUUAAAUUAUAACAAUAAAUUAGU